AUUCCAGUAAGACUCCGGAAUCCGGGACGAAGAUUGAGACAGAUCCCGACCGGGGUCAAAGUACUAUAGUUACCAAACAUGCUUCUAGGAUAUAUAAAUAGACGAGUGAAUGACGAGAGAAUGAAGGUCUCCGGUAGAGAAACAUCUCUCUCUCUCUCUCUGCAGUUAGAGCUUCUGCGUGAACUAAAGUGGCUCAAGUAAUACAAGAUCUCAUGUUCAAGUUUUUGCUUUGCAAUUUCUUCGGCGGAAUAUCUUUCUAAUGAUCUUUUAUCAGGUUCAUUGGUUGCAUUCCACUAAGAAAAGGUAUUCUGAAACGCAUAUAUCGAGACGAAGUAGUUCAAAAAGGAAAAGAGAGGCCUUUAUAAAUAAAGACUAGAAGAUGCAGAAUUCGGUUUCGGAGCAAAGCUUCUACAUUGAGAGUGAAGAUGAAGACGAAGAGAAGGCAUAUAAUAAGGAGGGGGGAGACGACGGCAACGAUUCGGAUUCUUCCGAUGCUUCUUCGGUCGGAAGCCGCCAGAAAAACAGACCCAGCUCUUACAACCCUUCGUGGCCACAGAGUUACAGGCAAUCAAUGGAUAUGUACAGCAGUGUUGCUUCUCCCAAUAUUGGGUUUCUGGGCACUCCUACAUUGUCCAGAUUAAGCAGUUCAUUCCUUUCCUCCUCGCUAACAAGGAGACGCACGCCUGAGAUACUAUCCAAUCUGAUAAAGCCUCUGUUACCCACAGUAGCUGAUGAACAGAUACAACAGCAGAGGCGGAGCUCUCAUUCUCUCCUCCCUCCUCCAAUUCCCACCAAGAAACCUUCCUUAAAGAAGCUGACCGCUGAUCAGAAACCCCACAAGGUGUCCCAUGAACUCCCGGUUGCUCGCCACUGCUCUUACGGACAAACUGUGCUGAACGGCAUCAACGUUCUUUGCGGGGUUGGAAUCCUGUCCACUCCUUACGCAGCGAAAGAAGGGGGUUGGCUUGGCUUCUCUAUACUCUUAAUCUUUGCUAUUCUCUCCUGGUAUACUGGAAUCCUUUUGCGCAACUGCCUGGACAGCGAACCUGGGUUGGAGACAUACCCGGACAUUGGCCAGGCUGCUUUUGGUACUGCCGGCCGUUUAGCAAUAUCCAUAAUUUUAUACGUGGAAUUGUACGCUUGCUGCGUCGAGUAUAUCAUUUUGGAAAGCGACAAUUUAUCAUCAUUAUUCCCAAAUGCACAUUUAAGCUUUGGCGGUAUGGUGUUGGACUCCCACCAUCUGUUUGCUCUUAUGGCCACCCUCGCUGUUCUUCCUACUGUUUGGCUUCGAGACCUCAGUAUCCUGAGUUACAUCUCAGCUGGGGGAGUCAUUGCAUCUAUAUUGGUGGUUCUCUGCCUGUUCUGGAUUGGACUGGUUGAUCAAGUUGGCUUCCAGAACAAAGGAACUACUCUAAACCUGACCACCCUUCCGGUUGCCAUUGGGCUCUAUGGCUAUUGCUAUUCAGGACAUGCUGUCUUUCCAAACAUCUACACUUCAAUGGCAAAACCAAGUCAAUACCCAUCAGCCCUCUUGACAAUUUUUAUCAUUUGCACUUCAAUGUAUGCUGGAGUUGCUCUGAUGGGAUACACAAUGUUUGGGGAGAAAACAGAGUCACAGUUUACUCUUAACAUGCCCCAAGAUUUAGUUGCUUCAAAAAUAGCUGUCUGGACUACGGUGGUUAACCCAUUCACUAAAUAUGCAUUAACCAUGACACCAGUGGCAAUGAGUCUAGAAGAAUUGAUUCCAUCAAAUCAUCUUAAAUCUCACAUGUACGCAAUCCUCAUCAGAACAGCUUUGGUUAUCUCCACCUUGCUUGUGGGUCUCAGUGUCCCUUUCUUUGGUCUCGUGAUGGCACUGAUUGGAUCUUUACUCACCAUGCUUGUUACUUUGAUACUUCCUUGUGCUUGCUUUCUUAGCAUUUUAAGGGGUAAAGUCACACUGUUUCAGGGAACCAUGUGUAUUUUGAUUAUUAUAGUAGGUGUUAUAUCUUCUGGAUUUGGAACAUUUUCCGCCCUUUCUAAAAUUAUAGAGAACUUGAGUUGAAGCAUUGGAGUUCAUGCAACAAAAAGAAAGGAUAUCUUAAUUAUGUGGAUCAAAACCAAUGGUACUCAAAUUUUCUUAUGAGCUCAUUCAGGUUUAUCAAUUCUUUUGAAGUACAUCUCAACAAGACCUUUCAGUUUCACAUGCCAUCAACUCAAAGCAAUGCUGCUAUAUGGACGCAGUGGUAUGUGGAAAUAAAUCACUCCACCCUCACAGCGUCUGAAAUUAAUUCAUCAAUGACCAUUUUGUAGAUGUCAUAUUAGACACAAGGGUGAGAUUUUGUAGAAAGAUGUUAACUUAUUAGAAUGUUUAGAUGUACAAUAAUAAAAAUUGUAAAAGGUUCUAAAUUAGCAAGGCUACA